GCAGCCUCAAUCCUGCAGAUUUAUCAAACUACAGCUGAUGGAAAACAUGCAGCUCUGUCCCAAAAACGGGGAGGACCAGAUGCAGAGUGAUAAACAAUGAACGACAGGAAUCAGGUGAAUCAGAAGAUCUUGGAUCUAACCUUUGAGAUCAUCUACCUGCUGACUGGAGAGGAUCUCAUGGUUGUAAAGAAGACCAGUAAUCAUGACUCGCCCAGAAGCAAUCCACAUGGAUCGGAGGGGUCACACAGGACAUUUAUCUCCAGCAUCCUACUUCCACCUCCUUCCCUGAUCCAUGAGAGAAACAAUAAUCAGAAGGUCCUGGAACUGACCAAUCAGAUCAUUGAGCUGCUGACUGGAGAGGUUCCUAUACGGUGUGAGGAUGUCAAUGUCUCCAUGGAAGAGUGGGAGUAUAUAGAAGGACACAAGGAUCUCUACAAAGACAUAAUAAUCGAGAACCACCAUCCGCUUGAUAAAUGUAUACCUGAUGGAUUGUACACAUCUCUUGCUACAAGUAAAACUGUAACUAAAACACAUGAUGGUAAAGCAUCUAUUGUAAUCAACCAAGCAAAGCAAAGCGAGAUUAAAUCGGUAACAUUCAUGCCACAAGAAUCUUUGCCAUGUGAAGAAGGCAAUCUCACAGACAUUUGUACACUCACAGAACAUCCACAGAAAGAAUAUCCAUCUACUCAUAGUAAGGAGGAACCAGCCUCGUGUGAAGAAGGCAAUCUCACAGACAUUUGUACACUCACAGAACAUCCACAGACAGAAUAUCCAUCCGUUCAUAUUAAGGAGGAACCAGCCCCAUGUGAAGAAGGCAAUCUCACAGACAUUUCUACACUCUCAGAAUAUCCAUCCAUUAAUAUUAAGGAGGAACCAGCCUCAUGUAAAGAAGGAAAUCUUACGGACGUUGUUACACCCACCGAACAUCCACAGACAGAAUAUCCAUCUACUUAUAUUAAGGAGGAACCAGACUCAAGUGAAGAAGGAAAUCUUACUGACAUUUCUACCCUCUCGGAAGAUCCACAGACAGAAUAUCCAUCUAUUCAUAUUAAGGAGGAACCAGACUCAAGUGAAGAAGGAAAUCUUACUGACAUUUCUACACUCUCAGAACAUUCGCAGAUAGAAUAUCCAUCUAUUCAUAUUAAGGAGGAACCAGACUCAAGUGAAGAAGGAAAUCUUACUGACAUUUCUACACUCUCAGAACAUUCGCAGAUAGAAUAUCCAUCUAUUCAUAUUAAGGAGGAACCAGCCUCAUGUGAAGAAGGGAAUCUCACAGACAUUUCUACACUCUCGGAACAUCCACAGCCUGAAUAUCCAUCUACUCAUAUUAAGGAGGAACCAGACUCAUGUGAAGAAGGAAAUCUUACAGACAUUUAUCCACGAACAGAAUAUCCAUCUACUCAUAUUAAGGAGGAACCAGCCUCAUGUGAAGAAGGCAAUCUCACAGACAUUUCUAAACCCACAGAACAUCCACGAACAGAAUAUCCAUCUACUCAUAUUAAGGAGGAACCAGCCUCGUGUGAAGAAGGCAAUCUCACAAACACUUAUACGCCCAUCAGACAUACUGAGAGAUAUACUUCAAUUCAUUUUAACGAAGCCUUAUCUUUACGUGAGGAUGGAUCUAUCAGAGAUGUUGAUUCUGUCUCAGACCAAACAUACAGAGUACAUACACCUAGUAGGACUGAUGAAUCCACUCCCUGUGCAAAAGGAGAUUUCACAGAUGCUGAGAAGUAUGUUGUAUCUGAUUCAUCUGUAUACAGGAAUAAUUUUACUCAUGGGUCACUUCUUGUUAAACAGCAAGCGAUUCAGACUAGAGAAAAGCCAUUUAAAUGCAUUGAUUGUGGGAAAUGUUUCAAUCAUCGUUACAAUCUUAAAACACAUACACUUAUUCACACAGGAGAAAAACCAUUUAAAUGCUCUGAAUGUGGGAAAUGCUUUAAUGUACAAUCUAAUCUUAACAUGCAUCUAAUUAUUCACAAAGGAGAAAAAUCAUUUAAAUGCUCUGAAUGUGGGAAAUGUUUUCACCGAAAGCAGGAUCUUAUGAGGCAUUUGCAGAUUCACACAGGAGAAAAACCAUUUAAGUGCAAUGAAUGCGGGAAAUGCUUUAAUAGAAAGCAGGAUCUUAUCAAACAUCAGCGUAUUCACACAGGAGAAAACCAAUUUCAAUGUAAUGAAUGCGGGAAAUGCUUUAAUGCAAAGCAGGAUCUUAUCGUUCAUAUGCGGUUUCACAAAGAAGAAAAAACAUUUAUAUGUACUGAAUGUGGGAAAUGUUUUAACCGAAAGCAUGAUCUUAUCAGGCAUCAGCUGAUUCACAAAGGAGAGAAACCAUUUAAAUGCAUUGAAUGUGGAAAAUGCUUUAAUGCACAAUAUAACCUUAAUAUGCAUCUAAUUAUUCACACAGGAGAAAAACCAUUUAAAUGCUCUGAAUGUGGGAAAUGCUUUAAUAGAAAGCAGGAUCUUAUCAGACAUCAGCAAACUCACACAGGAGAAAAAACAUUUAAAUGCAAUGAAUGCGGGAAAGGAUUUAAUAGAAAGCAGGAUCUUAUCAGACAUCAGCAAACUCACACAGGAGAAAAACCAUUUAAAUGCAAUGAAUGUGGGAAAUGUUUUAAUGUACAAUCUUACCUUAAUAAGCAUCUAACUAUUCACAAGAGAAAAAUCAUUUAAUUGCACUGAAUGUGGGGAAUGUUUUGACUGAAAUCAGAAUCUUAUCAGUCAUCGGUGUAUUCACAAAUGUGAAAAACCAUUAAAAUGCACUGUAUGUGGGGAAGGAUUGAGUUUUGGAAAAUGUAGACAUAAUUACAUGGUUAUUCACUAAAGUGGGAAUUUCAAGAUUAAGGCCAGAGUAGCCAAACUGAAAGCAUAGCUGACUUAAAUUUCCAGUUAGGCUAUUUUGACCUUAAAGGGAUACGAUGAUUACCAAAAGAAUGUUGGCUUAAUUAAACGUUUUUUGUGUAUAGAUCAUGCCCCUGCAGUCUCACUGCUCAAUUCUCUGCCAUUUAGAAGUUAAAUCACUUUUGUUUCUGUCAAUGCAGUCCUAGGCACACUUAACCCGGCUGUGACUGACACAGCCUGCAUGAAAACAUAAUGG